UUCCGCUUCCAGGUGAAGCUUUCCAGAGGCGCCCUCCUGAAGCUCGGAACCCGCUAUGGAGGUGUUGGGCGAAUUUAUCGGGCCGGACGGGCAGAGCCAGCAGCUGCGGGUGACUUGUGAGGCGCCGGGAGACGGCGACCCUUUCCAAGGACUGUUGUCGGGCCUCGCCCAGAUGAGGGAGCUGGUGGCCGAGCUCCUACCCACCCAGGUUCAGCGGAAAGGGCAGGACCAGGUGGCGGCGGCUCCAGACGAGGCCCUGGACGGUGAUGAUGAAGAUGAUGCAGAAGAUGAAAUUAACAUUGAUAACAUGACUAACUCAGAUGGACCAUCUGCAAAACGUCCAAAACCACCACCUUAACAUAUUUUAUAAAAGUUAAGACUGCCACUAUAUCUUAGUUAUCAUGCACUGAUAUCUACACUCUAAUUUGGAAAACAUUUGUUCUCUUGGAACAAUUUUGUCAAAAAACUUUUUUUAUUUCCAGCAGAAAAGAUAUAACUGUGGAGAAAUAAAUGUUUUCUUGAGUGAGAAAUAAAUUUCAGACCUUGGAAAUAAAAUAGAACACAAUAAUGUGUAAAAGGCCUCUGAGUUGGCGACGUGAAUUUUAAUUGUUUUCUACUUUUUAAGCAGCAAUUGAAUAAAAUUGUGUGACGUCUACAUCUUUUAGCUUCUGUUUCUGUUAUAGAAAGCACAUGUCAAAGUUCACAGGCAAUAAUAUUUCAAAGAACUGACAUGAGCAAGUGGUGAAAACUGGUAUUAACCUGAAGAACAGCAGUUCUGUGUAAGAAGGAAAGCAGAAAUGGAGAGAUAACUGAAGAGAAAGAGCCAUUGAGAAAGACUCAAGGAAACUUUGAAUCCACACUCACAGCUGACAUAUGGACAUUGAGAGAUGAUAUCACUCAAUUAAUAUAUAUUUAACUUGUACUUUAAGAGACACAAAUGGGGUGUGCUUUUAUGUUAUGUUUUUUAUAAACACAAAUGUAAGUUUUUAAGUAAACAAUUUAUAUUAGC